AUGUUGCUGCUCGUCUUUUUCGUGCCGUGGAUUGCCAUUCUAGCUUCCGCUGCGCCGGUCGCAUCCGAGAAACGGCAAACAUGGACAGGAAUGUGGUCGGAGGAGUUCAGCUACACCGGAUGCAAGCCGGUCAUAUUCAUUUGGGCUCGACAGACCUCGGCGCCGGGGAAUAUGGGUGUUUCCGUGGGACCGGCCCUCUCCAACGGCCUCAAGACAUAUUUUGGCGCCCAAAACGUGGCUAGCCAGGGAGUCGACUAUCUGGCACUAGUUGAGACCAAUUUCUACCCUGGCGGCGGGCCACCAUACGGAAUCUACGAGAUGCAGGUCCUCCUCGCUAGCGCAUCCAUCUACUGCCCUCAGUCCAAAAUUGUGGCGGCAGGAUACAGCCAAGGAGCAGCUAUCACUCAUCGAGCCGUGGAAAGUCUGCCGCAAUACGUUAAAGACCGCAUCGCGGGCAUCGUCACAUUGGGAGACACGCAAGCCCUCCAGGACGGUGGACGAAUCAAGGGUUACCCCCUCGAGAAAACACUCAUUAUCUGCAACCCCGGCGACCUCGUCUGUGUAGGCACCGCGUACAUCGCACCAACACAUUUCCCCUCUUACUAUCUCCAGCGGGUCCCCGAAGCCGUUUCUUUCCUCGUCGGGCGCCUCCUACUCACACCAUAA